AUGUCUGGUAACGCGGUGCUUGUGUGCGGGCACAACUACUGGGGUCAGCUUGGCCUCUCGCCUGAAGAGUAUGUGGAAGCGUUCGAGACGGACGUGACUUUGGCAACAGGCGAGAGAAGCACAGGCCGUCUUGGUGGCCACAAGAGCCACGGGGGCCUUGGUCAUGAUGGUGGACUCGGUUCGAGCAGCGGAGGCGGUACGAGCUCGGCCUCUCGCCAUCAUGAUGAGCCUCCUGCUACACUUGAUACCUUUACAGAGCUCGAGCUCCCGCCUGGCCUCAACGUCAUCUCGGCAGUCGCCGGCGAUGCGCAUACAGUGCUCCUCUCAGACGCUGGUGAGGUGUACACCUUUGGCUGUGGCCGCUCUGGCCAGCUUGGUCAUGGCGACACUCUGUCCUCGCCGCAGCCGCGGAGAGUCGCUGCGCUGGAUGGUGUCCGCAUUGUCAAGAUUGCCGCAGGUGCCCAGGUCACGCUCGCCGUCUCGGAGCCUGGUCGGCUAUACAUGAUGGGCACUCUGCAGCGAUACUCGUACACCGGCGAGGUCCGGAGGACCAAGCUCUGCCUUCCGACACUUGUCCAGGGCCUGGCGUCGGUCGACAUUGUCGACGUCGUUUGCGGCGGCUGGCACGUACUUGCCCUCGACAUCACCGGUCGCGUCUACUCGUUUGGCUGGAACAAGGCAUGUCAGCUCGGGCUCGGCGACUCGCGCGCCCGCUCGCAGCCGCGGCUGGUCAAGGUCCUCCGGAACCACAAGGUGGUCCAGAUUGCCGCUGGCCGGCAACACUCGCUGGUGCUCCUCGAAGAGGGCUUUGUCGUGGGCUGGGGCUCGAACCGCUACGGUGCGCUCGGCGGCGUGCCGGCGGGCUUUAUCCGCAAGCCGCAGCUCGUCGACCUCAACGUCUGCCUCCCCCCGGGCUACACCUUCCUCCCGUCGUCGAUUCACGCCGGUCACUACACAUCUUUUGUUGCCGGCCUCGCAUCGCGCAAGCGCGGCUCGUCCAAGCCCAAGCACGCCCCGCGGACCGUGGUCUUUGCCACCGGCCACGGAACAGACGGCCAGCUCGGCUCGGGCCGGCUCCAGACCCAACGCAUGUUCACUCGGUUCAAGCUCCCGCACUGCGCCACUCCUCGCAAGCCGCUCGCGCGUCCGGCGCCAUAUACCGCCCGGCUGCCAGACGCCGGGCCCGUAGUCGCCGGUGACGUCGCCGUCCUCGCCCAGCUCGCUGCUGAGGACCUGCUCGGCUCGUCCGAGUCGGACGAUGACUGGCUCGACGAUCCGUCGCCGUUUGCGCCCGACCUCGACUCGGACUCGGACUCGGAAGACGAGGAGACCAUCCCGGUUGUCGGCGGCGGUGCAGGCCCGUUCAAGGGCGUUUGUCUCCCCCGCGCCGCUGUCGUCGCCCGCAACACCGAUGCGCCCAAACCGCAGCCUGGCCGCCGGACCCCGCCGGCCUCUCACUUUCCGCUCGUCGACGGCUCACAGUGGCACUCCAUGGCCGUCAAACGCGGCGCCGUCUGGGCUACCGGCUGGGGCUAUGGUGGCCGCCUCGGCUUUACCCCGCUCUCGCUCUCCAACUGCGAUACCCUCACUGACGAUGUCUUCCAGCGCAACCCGGUCCGCGUCCCGCUCCCGCCGAACCUCUACGCUCUCGACUCCCGUCCCCAUUGA